AUGUGUCUGUCUAGUGCUCUGCUGAGCCGUACCCUCACUCCUCACUGUGCCCCCAUUAAGGAAGGGGUGUCGAGGACAGAAGCCACCUGCAGCUGCCGCUGCAUCAGGUGUUUCUCUCCAUCGGAGGAGGACAGUAACGUGUGUGUGUCCUUUGACCCCGGGACUGUCCCCAUCAACCCACAUGGGUUCUGUUUUGUUUCAGAGUCUUGUGGAGUUUCGAAGGUAGUGGGGAGAUGCCGGGCUUCCAUCCCCAGGUGGUGGUACAAUGUCACUGAUGGGUCCUGCCAGCCAUUUGUGUAUGGAGGCUGUGAAGGAAAUGGCAAUAACUACCAGAGCAAGGAGGAGUGUCUUGAGAAGUGUGCUGGUGUCACUGGGAGCACCAUUGAUGGUGUGGCCAGGACCGGAAAUGGAGCUGACUCUUCUGUCCUGAGUGUUCCCAGGAAGCAGGAUUCUGAGGACCUCUCUGGUGAGAUCUUCAACUAUGAAGAAUACUGUGUCCCAAAGGCUGUCACUGGGCCUUGCCGUGCAGCCUUCCCUCGCUGGUACUAUAACGUUGAGAAGAAUUCCUGUGACAGCUUCAUCUACGGCGGAUGGGGCAACAAGAACAGCUACCUCUCCCAGGAGGCGUGCAUGCAGCGCUGCUCUGGCAAACAGACAUAUCCUGUCCUAGCCCCUGGAGUAAAAGCGGUGGUCCUGGUGGGGCUUUUGUUUAUGGUCCUGAUCCUCCUCCUGGGGGCCUCUGUGGUCUGCCUGGUCCGUGUGGCACGCAGGAAGCAGGAGCGUGCUCUCCGCACCGUCUGGAGCACUGGGGAUGACAAGGAACAGCUGGUGAAGAACACCUGUGUCUUGUAAAGGCCCCGAUGCUGGGAGAACAGGAGGGAGGGGAAAACAUGUUUCUUAAAAACAGAGCCACUGCUUGUAUCUAUGAGAUCAUUAGGGAAGUUUGGUCUUUGUUUUCCCGUGGCAGGGAGGGCAGAGAGGCUCUUCCUUGUCCUGUUUGGCUACUUACCUCCCUGACUUCCGUCCUCUCAGUAGCUUCCCCCCCCCAACCCGCCUUUCCACCCAUUGCCUCCUUCAGCCCACUAGCAUUCCUCUUCUGGUAGCUUGCUUUGUUUGUGUGAUUUAUGUGGGUUUUUUUUUUUUUUAAGUAAAGGUUUUUUAAUUGGGAUUCUGAAAAUAUAUGUGUUUAAUGAAAUGGGCCUUUUAAAAUAAAAUUUACUAAGUAGUUUGUU